UUGAAGGCAUGGGGACGGGCGGGCGUAGAGGGACGCGGUCCGGGAAGGGCACCGAGGGCGCGGCGACGGCUGCCUCCCCUUGCCUGUACCGUUGUAUCGAGUGCAACCGGGAGGCCCGGGAGCUGUACCGUGACUACAGCCACGGCGUACUCAAGAUAACCAUCUGCAAAUCUUGCCAGAAGCCAGUAGACAAAUACAUUGAGUAUGAUCCUGUUAUUAUCUUGAUUAAUGCCAUUUUGUGCAAAGCUCAGGCCUAUAGGCAUAUUCUUUUCAACACUAAAAUAAAUAUCCAUGGGAAACUCUGCAUCUUUUGUUUGCUUUGUGAAGCAUACCUGAGGUGGUGGCAGCUGCAAGACUCAAGCCAGAGCACAGCCCCUGAUGACUUGAUCCGCUAUGCCAAGGAGUGGGAUUUCUACAGGAUGUUUGUGAUUGCUUCUUUUGAACAAGCUGCCUUUUUUGCUGGCAUUUUUGCUUUCCUGUGGGUAGAGCAACCCACGACAGCAGAGAAGAAGCCCAACCUCGUCCUGCUCCUGAAAGCACUGCUGCUGUCCAGCUAUGGGAAGCUCCUGCUCAUCCCGGCCGUCAUCUGGGAGCACGACUACACACCCUUGUGCCUCAAGCUCAUCAAAGUGUUUGUCCUGACAUCAAAUUUCCAGGCCAUCAGAGUGACUCUGAACACCAGUCGCAGGCUGUCCCUGUUGGCCGUGCUGAGUGGCUUGUUGCUGGAGAGCGCCAUGGUCUGCUUCUUCCAGAGGAUGGAGUGGGAUGUGGGCAGCGACUGUGCAGUCUACAAGCCUCAGGACUUCUGAAGCUUUACUCUUCACUCUGGUGGGACAGCUACCUCAAAGGAGAAGGCACGGGAGAAACAAGGUCGCCACUUUCUGUUAGUGGAGUGAAGUCAAGACUGGGGAUUCCUGAACAAACCCAGACACCACCAGGAAGAUCUGAGCCACCUAGACUCCAGGCUAAGAGCCCUACAGUGACACACAGGCAGGCCCUGUGCUUUCUAGUAAGGAAAGGUCGCAGCUCGAUUCCUUUGACAUGUUUGUGUCCUUAAAUCUAAGUAUUACAUUGCUGUCUUAAAAAUCGUAUUUUGUGUUUUUCUGAUGGAAGCACUUUUCUCUUAAGUAGUCUUUCAGAAUAAAUCAAUUUUUUAUGCAUUUCUGAUUCAGUAA